GCGAGGAAACGACGUCCUUGUCAGAGAGCGCAAUGUCGCGCGUGUUCUCCCGGCCCGAGUUGCUGGAGCGAAUUGCUAGCUACGUCGACAGUAACACGAUUGUGCUUGGACUAAAAGCCACCUGUCGUGACUUCGCGGCGGUCCUGCGCUCCCGAACUGGCGUGCACACCUCGCAGCCCUGCAAUCCCCAGCAGUUCGCGCAGCGAUGGAACUCCCCCGGCGCCAUGCGGCCGCUGACGCUGCAACAGCGCCGCCAGCUGCUGGCAGCUACCGCCGCUAGUGGCGUUAUCACGAACCUGGAAGUGGCGCUGCGCGCGACGGGCCUGCUGCUCACGCCUGAGUGCAUGGAGGCCGCGGCCGGGGCCGGCGCCACGCACGUGUGCGACUGGCUGCGCCGCCGCGGCUGCGCCCCCGGCACGGCGCUGCAUGAGGCGGCGCAGGGCGGCCACGCCGCCACCUGUGAGUGGCUGGUCCGCAGCACCGCCCAGGGCGGCUGCGGAGCCUACCCCAGCCCCCACGCCGCGUUGGCGGCGCUGAGAGGAGGGCACCCCGCCCUGGCUGCCUGGCUCAUGCGGCUGCCAGCGCCGGGCCAAGCAGCCGGCUGUGGCGAGGAUGCUACUGCCACUGCCACUGCAACUGCAACUGCUACUGCCACUGCUACUGCUACUUCCAUUGCUACUUCCACUGCCACGGAAACUGGAGUAGAAGCUGGGCAUGAGGAUAAGCGCCUGCUGCUGCCGGCUACGGGGCAGCUCCCCGCGAAUGCCAGCGUUCCUCGGUUCUCGCUGCUGACCGCUGUGGCUGAGGGCUGCGACCUCGCAACCCUGAGGCUGCAGCUCCCGGGGGCGGAGGAAGAAGCGGCCAGCAGGAGGGCUGGCGGCGGCGGCGGCGGCGGCGGCGGCGGCUCGUCACGCGGCCUCAGCCUGGGUGACAUCAUGAGUUUCCAGCACUUCACCGCUGUAGCCGCCGGUAGUGGCACACCCGACUGGCGGGACAAGGUGGCGUGGCUUGAGCUGCUACUGCCGCCGCGGCCCAAGCCGACCCCCGCCAGCAAUCUCUACAACCCAUCGGGCGACGACGGCAGCGGCAGCAUGUGUAUGUUCCGCAUGGCUUCAGCCCGCGCCGAUGCGGUGGAGAGGUUUGCUUGGCUGGCGGCUCGCGGCUAUGUGCCCUCCCGCGGAAGCCUGGGGCUGGCGGCGGCGGCGCGGGCGGGCAACGCCGCCGCCGUGCGGUGCCUGCUGCGCCUCCGGCCCGACAUGCAUAUGGGCGCCCGUGUUGCGGCGGCGCAGGCGGCGGCGGAGGGCGGCCACGUGGAUGUCCUGCAAGUGCUGCACCACGGCGGCGGCGGCGGCGGCGGUGGCGGCGGCGGCGGGGAGGAUGCAGCAGCCGGCGGCGCCGGCAGCGGCAGCGGCAGCGGCGCCGGCAGCGGCGACGCAGAUGCUGGUGCGGCGGUGGCCAUGAAAACUUUUCAGGCGGCGGUGACAGCGGCUGACGCGAAACGUGGCGCGGGCCCUGGCGGCGCCGCCGCCGCCUGCGGGGUGCCCCACCUGCUGCUGCUACCCAUCACACGCGACCAACUCAUGGCCGCUGCCAAGGCGGGUCACGAGCCGGCAGUGCGCUGGAUGCUGCAGGCGGCGGCGGCGGCGCAGCUCAACGGUCCUUCCAACCAACCCCAGCACCAACACGAACACACCGCCACCCAGCCAGCCGCCACCCAGCACCAGCAGCACGGGGGGCAGCAGCAGCACCAGCACCAGCAGCAGCACCAGCAGCAGCACCACCACCACCACCACCAGCACCACCACCAGCGCUACCUGGACACGCAGCUGGCGGGCUGGGUGGCGGAGGGCGGCGGCGUCAGACUGCUGACGUGGCUGGCGGCGGAGAGGGCGGGCGCCGGGGCAGGGGCGGGGGCGGGGACAGGCACCGGGGCGGGCACAGGAGCCGGGACUGGUGCUGGCACUGGGUCACGAGGGCGAGCAGGCGGUGGGGCAGGUGCUGCAGGCAGCAGCACUGGAGGGGGUGGGGAUGGCGGAGGCGGCGGCGGCGAGGGUCGGGCCCUGGGGGGCGAGGCGCAAGGGGGCGGCGGCGGCGGCGGCGGCGGCGGCGGCGGCGGCGGCGGCGGCGGCGGCGGCGGCGGCGGCGGCGGCGGGUUGCGGUUCACGGCCGGCACCUUCCUGGCGGCGGCCCGGGGCGGCAGCGAGGCAGUGCUGGAAUACCUGGCGGCGGAGUGCGGCUGCGACAUGGGGCAAGACGGCGAGCCGUACGCGCUGGUGGGCGCCAACGGCGACCUCCGUACACUGGCCGUACUGCGGCGCCUGCACUGCCCCUGGAGCCCCGGCGGCCGUACACUGACGCUGGCGGUGUGGUGGCCGGGCGGCGGCUCCUUCACCUCCUGCGAGCCGGCGGUGCUGACGUGGCUGCUGGCGGCGGGCGUGCCGGCGGACUGGGAGGCGGCGCGGCGGGCGGCGCGGCGGCGCGGACACGGCGGUGAUGAGGUGCUGGCGCUGCUGGCGGAGGCGGAGGCGGAGGCGGAGGCGCGCGCGGCGGCGGAGGCGGCGGUGGCGGUGGCGGGCUUUUGAGUGGGGCAGCAUGCAAUCGGGGCUGCAAGGAUGUUUGGAAUGGGGGGGGGUGAGGGUGGGAGGCACGAGGCAGGCUGCACCCAGCUGCGAGCGGCAACGGCGAGGCGCUACUGUUGCUGGACAGUACGAGUGUACUAGGCUGUACUAGACUGUACUAGAUAGACUGUAGGUUGGUACAACUGUACGGUAAUGAGCUGGCAUGCUAGGGUCCGGUGUCGAGAGGCGCCUCUGUGUACGGACGGCCCUCGCUCAGGGCCGUGUUGGGCUGUGUGGCCUUUGUGGCGGCAGGCGUGCCAGUGGUGGCGUCAGUGGUGGCGUCAGUGGUGGCGACGUUGGAGAACGGCGGGUCGUGGCUGAUCGAUUCAUCCAGGCCGAAAGCGCGGAAGCGUGGACGCGGAAGUAUUUAAUAUCA